AAUAAUGCUAUAGCCUUUCAGAAACGGAGACAACUUGUAUAUCAAAGACAGCUAAAUGUAAUGUCGUUAUCUCACAAACAGAAGCGUGUGUGGAAGUACGUGGAGGAGGGCCGUCUGCUGAAGCUGAAGUCGUACCUGCGGAAGCACCGGGAUGUGGACGUGAACUUCUCCCAGGGCAGGAAGCAGAGGAGCCCGCUACAGCUAGCCUGCCGCCUGGGAGACGACGCUUCUGUCCUGUUGUUGUUGAAGCACGGAGCCGAUGUUCUCCAGAAGGACCAGAAAGGAGACACCGCGCUACAUGUCGCUGCUAACAGGGCUCUGAAACACGGGAAGACAGCAUUUGACGACCUGGUUGUGCCUCUCAGUAAGAGCUGUCCAGAAGCUAUGAACACAACAAACAGCGCUGGAGUCACACCUCAGGACCUGCUGAACUGGAUGAAAAACACACAGACUACAACGAACAUGAGCCGUCCAACUGAAGCCAACCCAGAGAAGGAGUGGAUGGAGAAGCUGUUUGAUGAAUGCGAGGAUGAAUUCUAUGAAAGCUUUGGAGUUUAUGACGGUAAAUUUGAAACUCAUAUUUCAAUGCUGACUUUUAUAUUGAUUUUCUCCUUUGACAAAUACACUGCUGCUUUUUUCACAGCGGAUGAUUUGCCUCUUGAUGACGAUGACCAAGACUUUGGGGACUGGGCUGAUCGUAUCAGAAGAGAGUAUUUUAAUAAAAAGCAUUCAGAAGCUCAACGACUGGCAGCGUCAUCUUCUGGGUGGAAAAAGAAGAAGAGUAAACAAGAGAGAGAGCAGGAAGAGAAAAGCAACAAGGAGCUGCAUGAAAAGCUGCAGAGGGAACACGAGGAGUAUCUGGCACGAGCAGCACGUAAAGAGGAAGAGACUCGGAAGGGCAAGAAGCGCCGGUACGAUGAAAAGUGCGCAGCUACUUUCCAAGGUGGCUCUUCAGAAGGCAGCACAAAGCUGAGCUACAGUGACAUCCCCUGGCCAGCUCCGCAGGGGACAGUGAAGGAGAUGUUGGACGUGAUGCUGCACGGCGUGGAUCGAAAGGACGUGCCCGUGUAUCGUAAGAUGCUCCGGAAGCAGCAGACGCUGUGGCAUCCUGAUAAAUUCGCUCAGCGUUGUGAAGCUCGCUUAGAAGAGAAGGACAAGAAGCGGAUCCUGGACACAGUCACAGCUCUGUCACAGGAGCUAAACAGCUUGGCUCAAAGUCUUAGGACGUAAAAUUCACAACAUAGUGGCACAUUUUUAAUGUGUCUUCUAGAAAUGUGUAUGUAUAAAUUCACAUGAAUUCUGUUUGCAUGCAUUUCGCACAGCAGCUUGUCUGAUGGAGCGGACAGGCCAGUGAUCGUAGGAUUGAUGGUUCAGGUGAUGAAGGAAACAUUUUAAGGAUGGGUUCACAGUUUAUCAAGUCUGUACCAAAACAACACGUGCCCAAAUUAACAUUGACCUGUUUGUCUUGCCAUAAUCACUAAUCCUGUACAUACUGACUAACAACAGGCUAUAAACAGGCUAUAUGCAGGUUCAGUGGCCUUGUUCAUUAACAUGAAGCUUCAGUUGUCCAAAUGAGUCCAAUGGGAGGAAAAAACUGUGUCAAGACACAAAGAGGGAUUUUUUUUUUUUUUUACUAAAACCUGAAAAAAACUGGAAAACUUUACUUGACCUACUCAGAUAGCUGGAGCCUCGUAUUAAAUACAUUUUUGCUCAAAAUUAGGACUGUGGAUUUUUUCCCCCAUCACCUACAUUGUAGUGCAUUGUGGGGGACGGGGGGACGUCUGUGUUCAUUUAGGCACCUGACUGUUGUUUUUAAGACAGACUUGCUGCAUAUGAAUUGUGAAUUUUUCCUUUAAGACAAAAGCGUCUUCUGUAAGUUAAGCCUGCUGUAUUGUGAACCGGCUGUCUGCUGCACUGGACACGAAUAAAUGUGCUUUUCAAAAAAAUAAAAAAUAAAAAUAAAACAAACAGCUUUGUCCAGAUUUUGCUAACCCUCAGUAACAUUUGUU